UCGAGCUCAAGUUCCCUCCCAGUCUGAUCUGGCAGUUUGGCUCUCUCUGAAAGCACUACCAUCGCCAAAAUGCUCCAAGAACUCCUUUCCAUCGCCCAAGGGCCCUACGCCCUACCCAUUUUGGCCGUCUCCCUCGUGACCUACCUCUUGGUUUCCACCAUCAUCACCUACCGCCGUCUCUCCCACUUCCCCGGUCCCUUCCUCGGCUCCUUCUCCCCCCUCUUCAUGCUGAAAGUGUGGUUCUCCGGCCACCACGCCGACGGCUACAGCCGGCUCAACCAGCAAUACCAAUCCCCCCUUGUUCGCAUCGGCCCGCAAGACCUCAUCACCGAUGACCCGGCCAUCAUCCGCCACAUGAACGGCGCCCGCUCCGCCUGGGGCCGAUCAAUUUGGUACCGCGCCAUGACGUUCGACCCGCGCGGUGGUUCGCUGUUCGACGAGCCCGACACAAAGACGCACGAUCUGUUCAAAGCGCGCCUGUCUUUCGGAUAUAGCGGGCGUGAGAACCCGGGCUUGGAAAGUGAUAUCGACGAGGUAAUCGGCACGUUGAUUCGCUACAUCAAGGACCGCUACAUCUCCGACGACGAACGGGGCGUGCUGAAGAAGAUGGACCUGGCUAAGGUGAUGCAGUUCUUCACGCUGGACGUGAUCACGCGUAUCGCGUACGGGAAGGAGUUCGGCUCGUUGGAGACGGACUCGGACCUGUUCGGGUGGAUGAGCACGAUCAGGAAGGCGGCGCCGGUUAAUGCGCUGAUGGCGGAGCACCCGCUGGUGAGGAAGAUCUUCAUGUCCAAGUGGUUUUUGCAGUGGUUUGGGCCGAAGCAUAGUGAUGCCGACGGCAUGGGGAGGGUGAUGGGCAUGGCGAGGGAGAUUGUGGCGAGGAGGUUUGGCGAGAAGGCGGAGGAUCGGAAGGAUAUGUUGGGGAGCUUUGUUAGACAUGGGAUUGAGCAGCAGGCGUGCGAGGUUGAGGUCCUUUUUCAGAUUGGAGCGGGUAGCGAUACGACGACGGUGGCGAUCAGGUCGACCAUGUUCCAUUUGGCGACGAGCAAGAAGGCGUAUGUGCGGUUGCAGGAGGAGAUUGAUAAGGCGGUUAGGGAGGGCAAGAUUUCAAGUCCGGUCAGAGCGGAGGAGGGGAAGCAGUUGGAGUACUUGCAGGCAUGCAUCUACGAAGGACUGCGCAUGCAACCUCCUUUCUCGGGUUUAUUGAUGAAGUCACCUCCCAAGGGCGGAGAUACCAUCAACGGCAUGUUCAUUCCCGAGGGCACUCGCGUCGGCCACAACGUCGGCGGUCUGAUCCAGAGGAAGGAUGUCUUUGGCGACGAUGCCGAGAUCUUCCGCCCGGAGAGAUGGCUGAAUGUCGACCCGGCCAAGAGGCUGGAGAUGCAGCAAGUCACCGAGAUGGUGUUUGGCUAUGGCAGGUGGGCGUGCUUGGGGAAGCCUGUGGCGCUGAUGGAGUUGAGCAAGGUGUUCGUCGAGUUCUUCCGUCGCUUCGAUCUCCAGCUCGUGGAGCCCAAGAACCCGUGGCGCGAAUUUAAUGUCAAUCUCUUCUUCCAGUCCGACUUGUGGGUGAAGAUCACGGAGCGGUUCCCGGAGGGGGAGAAGGCCUGAACAGCGAAUCACGGUACAAUAGUCAUUCGUCAAUUGAUCGAGUUCAUAUUGGCCUUGGGAAUUAUAUGCAAGUAAUCGCUUGUGAUGAUGUGGAUGGGCGAUGGCUGCCUGCCGAAAGAACGCGCUUAGUCGUCCCUGACCAGACCCAGCGCCAGAUCUUGUGAAGUUUGAACAAUCAACCAGAAACCACCAACCCGACAUCAU